AUGGAGAAGAAAAUCACAGAGAAGAUUGCGGCCCUGCCGCCAGAUGCAAAUUACUUCUCCCUGGAGUUCUUCCCUCCAAAGACCCGGAUGGGUUUCGCGAACCUGUCUGCGCGUCUGGAGCGGAUGGCACAGGCCCUACGUCCGUUAUUCGUUACAGUCACUUGGGGUGCAGGCGGAAGCACGGCGGCCCGUUCCCUUGAGCUGGCCGAAGUUUGCCAGCGCCAACUGCAGUUGACCACUGUACUACACUUGACAUGUACCAACAUGAGUCGCGCCUUGGUGGACAUGGCCCUGGAGGAGGCCAAGGUCCUUGGUAUUCGCAAUAUCCUCGCCCUCCGCGGAGACCCACCUCGCAGUGAAGAAUACAAUAUGCAUGGGGAGGACGAUAGCAACAAGGAUUUCACCUUUGCGGUUGAUCUGGUCAAAUACAUUCGCAAGCAGCAUGGUGAUUACUUCUGUCUUGGUGUUGCUGGAUACCCCGAAGGUCACCCGGCCGAUUCGUUCCAGGAUGUCCAGGACCCUGCCCGUGAUAUUCCUUAUUUGGUUGAGAAGACCAAGGCUGGCGCGGACUUCAUCAUGACCCAGCUUACAUACGAUCUGGAGGCGUACCAGAAGUAUGAGACCAUGCUUCGCAACCACGAGUCUGGCGUUUUCAAGACCAUUCCCAUUAUCCCGGGCUUGAUGCCCGUCCACAGUUACAAGAUUCUUACCCGAGUAACAAAGCUCAGUCACGUCAAGAUUCCCCCACCUAUCGCGAAGCGCAUGGAGGAUCUGAAGCAUGACGAUGAUGCCGUCAAGCGGGCCGGUGUUGACAUCGUGAGCAAUAUUGUCGGAGGCAUUCAAGAGCUUCCAUCCCCAGGCCCACGCGGUUUCCACUUCUACACCCUGAACUUGGAGAAGACGGUCUCUUUCAUCCUGGAGCGAUGUGAUCUAAUCCCACCAUUUUCCAAAAUCGACGACGACCUAGCCAUUGAGGAAUUCGAUGGCCCUCCUCUCGACUCCCAGCCUUACAACCGAGUUAUCGUCGACAAGAUGUCUGCGCAUGAAUCUUCCAAGGACUCCGUGCAUGAGGCUCUGGCAACUGGCGCUGGUUUACCAGCCAUGCCUCCGGGUCGUGGAACGACUCUUCAAAUUUCCGAGGGUCUGGGUGCGCUUGGUAGAGAAGCUACCUGGGAUGAUUUCCCCAACGGUCGAUGGGGUGAUGCCCGCUCUCCUGCUUUCGGUGAAAUCGAUGGCUACGGUCCUUCUCUCCACGUUACCUCUGCAGUUGCCCGUCGACUGUGGGGUCACCCUGUUGAUCAAAAGGAUAUCAACACACUCUUCCGUCGGCACGUGUCCGGAGAACUGCACAUGGUACCCUGGUCAGAGGGUGGUGCCGAAGAGGAUGGCCCUGGUCUAAAUGCCGAGACUGAGCUGAUUCGACCAGAGCUCCUCAAGCUCAUUGAUGGCCGCGGCUGGUGGACCCUGGCCUCGCAGCCCGCCGUGAACGGCGUCCGCAGCGACCACCAUAUCUUCGGCUGGGGCCCCCAGCGCGAGGGCUUUGUCUUCCAAAAGCCCUUCGUCGAAUUCUUCUGCUCUAACAACGACUACAUGAAUAUCCUCAAGCCACUAUUUGAAAAGCACGGCCACGACAAGCUAUGCUGGUUCGCUACAAAUACCACCGGAGCCUUCGAGUCCUCACUCCCCAGCCAACCCGCUGACGUCGAACUCGACGACCUCGGUUCAAACCCCGAAAGCGUGAACGCUGUUACCUGGGGUGUCUUCCGCGGCAAGGAAAUCGUGACACCCACCAUCAUCGAAGAAGUCAGUUUCCGCGCUUGGGGCGAGGAGGCUUUCCGUAUCUGGGACGAGUGGCGUCGCAUCUACCCCCGUGGUUCGCCUACCGAGCGCUUCCUCGACACCACCAAGAACGACGCCUGGCUCGUCUGUGUGGUCGGUCAGCAGUUUGGCGCCGGUGUCCCGACCGGCUCGAAGGAGGAAGAGGAUGAGGUGAAAUGGAUGUGGCGAGUUCUGGCGGGCGAGACUCAGGAUUGA